UGUGUAUCUCUGGUUUUGGCUUUAUUUUUGCAUUACCGUACUGUCAUUUAUCUUCCAUCUUUCAUCUUUGAAUGUAUCGCAAAAUAUCUCCAGCUUUAAAGACCCAAAAGGUACACAUGAAUUUGUUGUUGAAGCUAUAAUUGGAUGAUAUAAUUAAUAUCUUUCCGUUCGUUUGGAACAAGAAGAACGGAGAGCAAGCAACAUAAUGGCUAUGUCAAAGAUUUUUAGAAUUUGGGAGAAGUCCGUUCCACCAAAUCCUCAUAGCGUUUUGUUGGAACAUCGAACGAAAUCAGACAGCAUACUGUUUGAAUCACAUUCCGUAGCAAAAUUAAGUUCGCAGGAAUGUGAAACUGUUCGUAAGCAAUACACAAAACUUUGUGAUGCCUAUGGCUGUUUAGGUGUACUACAACUGAAUGCUGGCGAAAGUACUGUUCUUUUUUUAGUGAUGGUUACUGGCUGCGUAUCUACUGGAAAAAUUGGGGAUGCUGAAAUAUUCCGGGUUACCCAAACGCAAUUCGUAUCAUUACAAACCCAAGUUCCACAUGAAGACAAAGUCAGUGAAGUUCGAAAACUUCUUAAUUCUGGUGUGUUUUACUUUUCGCAUGCUGUAAACGCAAACAAACAAUCGAGCAGUUGUUGCAAAUUUGAUAUAACACUUUGUGCCCAAAGGCGACAGCAGACUUCUGAGACUGAUAACAGAUUUUUUUGGAAUAGAAUGCUACACAUACAUAUGCUAAGGUAUGGAAUCGACUGCUCGGCAUGGUUAAUUAAAGUAAUGUGUGGUUCAGUUGAAAUUAGAACCGUUUACAUUGGAGCUAAACAAGCCAAGGCUGCUAUUAUUUCUCGAUUAAGCUGCGAACGUGCUGGUACUCGUUUUAACACACGCGGAACUAACGAUGAAGGCCAUGUUGCAAAUUUUGUCGAAACAGAGCAAGUUAUCUAUGUAGACAAUGAUGUAAGUAGUUACGUACAAACCAGAGGAUCAGUACCAUUAUUUUGGGAGCAACCAGGUGUGCAAGUAGGAUCUCAUAAAGUUAAGCUUUCGCGAGGUUUUGAAGCAUCGGCUUCAGCUUUCGACCGACACAUGCAAAUAAUGAAAGAUCGUUAUGGUCUUCAAAUGAUUGUUAACCUUCUUGGAACAAGCCAGAUUGGCAGUAAAGAGGGUGAAGCAAUGUUAAGCAAUGAAUUCCAGAGACACCAUAAUAUGUCUAAUCAUAAAGAGGUUCCACAUAUAAUCUUCGAUUAUCACCAAGAAUGUCGAGGAAGUAACUUUUCAGCAUUGUCUAAACUUAAAUCUAGAAUUGAUGCAUGUGGAGUCAAUUUCGGCUACUUUUAUGCAAGCAAUAAUAAUAUUAUCCGUGAGCAAAUAGGAACUAUCCGCACAAACUGUCUUGAUUGUUUAGAUCGAACUAACUGUGUGCAAACAUUUUUAGGACUCGAAAUGCUCAAUAUUCAGAUAGAAUCUAUGAGGCUUGGUGAAAAAAAGCAAAACUUAUCGCGGUUUGAAGAAAUCUUCCGACAAAUGUGGGUGAACAACGGUAAUGAAGUGAGUAAAAUUUAUGCCGGCACUGGAGCAAUUCAAGGUGGUUCAAAAUUAAUUGAUGGUGCUCGAUCAGCAGCCAGAACUAUUCAAAAUAAUUUGUUAGAUAAUUCCAAACAAGAAGCCAUUGAUGUUCUGCUUCUCGGAUCAACAUUAAGUUCAGAACUCGCAGAUCGUGCACGAAUACUUUUACCAUCAAAUAUGUUACAUGCACCAGUUACGGUUUUGAGGGAAAUGUGCAAACGUUAUAAUGAAUACAUCAAUAUUAAAAAUGUACGAGUUGCUGUUGGUACGUAUAACGUGGCCGGGGGAAAAAAUUUCCGGGCUGUUGACAUGCAAAACUCUCUCAGAGAGUGGUUGCUGGAUUCUUUUACCCAAAGUAGCUCAAAGGAACUGGUGCUUACAAAUGAAGGUACUGAACAACCUGUAGACAUUUAUGCUAUAGGUUUUCAGGAAAUAGUCGACUUAAAUGCAAGUAAUAUUAUGGCUGCCAGUUCAGAAAAUGCGAAGAUGUGGACAGAAGAACUACAAAAAUCUAUAUCUAGAGAUAACAGCUACGUUUUACUUACAUACCAGCAAUUAGUGGGUGUUUGCUUAUACAUUUACAUUCGUCCAGAGAAAGCUCCAUACAUUCGAGAUUUAGCUAUUGAUUGUGUGAAAACUGGCUUAGGAGGGGCAACAGGCAAUAAAGGAGCAAGUGCUAUUCGUUUUGUGCUGCAUGGCACCUCCAUGUGUUUUGUGUGUGCUCACUUUGCUGCAGGACAGUCUCAAGUAAGUGAACGUAAUGCCGACUACGCUGAGGUUACUCGAAGGUUAGCUUUUCCCAUGGGGAGAACUCUAAAAUCUCACGACUACGUUUUUUGGUGUGGUGACUUCAAUUAUCGAAUUGAUAUGGACAAAGAAGAACUGAAAGAAGCGAUUGAAAUUGGAAGAUUGGAAAGUGUUUUAGAGAACGAUCAAUUGCGAAAAGAACAAGAAGCUGGCAAUGUGUUUAAUGAUUUUCUCGAGGGGGAAAUAACAUUCGAUCCAACCUACAAGUAUGAUAUGUUCAGCGAAAUGUACGAUACGAGUGAAAAAAUGAGAGCUCCGGCUUGGACAGAUCGAGUUUUAUGGCGUCGGAGAAAAGCACUUGCCGAGUCUGAGGUAAGUGCCGACUGGAAUCCGGGAAAACUUAUUUAUUAUGGUCGUUCUGAACUUACUCAAAGUGACCAUAGACCUGUCUUAGCUUUGAUAGACUGUGAAGUAGUUAUUAUUGACAGCACCAAGCGAAAGAAAGUGUUCCAAAAUGUAAUAAAUGACUUAGGUCCACCUGAUUCUACAAUCAUAGUUCAUGUGAAUUCCAAAAACAACGAUGAGACAAAUGAUGAUCAAUCACUUUAUGAUGAAAAUGUUAUGAACUUUAUAAUCCAACAACUAUCGAAAUUCGGAGAAGUUACCUUAGUGCGAUACGUUGAUGAUACAAUGUGGGUUACAUUCCGUGAUGGGGAAUCAGCUUUGAAUGCAGUAGCUCAGAAAACCGCAACAAUUUGCGAUCUUGAAUUGAGUUUUGAGCUAAAAUCUAAAAAUUGGAAUAUUCUUGUUGAUCAGGAAAUUGCAUUAUGCACAUCCAAUACAAUACCGCUGUGUGCUCAUCCUCUAAAGAAACAAUGUGAUGAUAGCUAUGUACCAGAAAUACCACAACGACCAAAACAACAACCGCCACGACCGCCAAAUCGUCCACCUUUGCCAUUGUCUCCUAAAAAUACUCCACAUAAUUCUCCUCAUCGUUUACCACAUGCUGGUGUCAUAAGUAUUAGUCCCCAGAUGCAACAGAAAGAUGGUGAAGUUUUGUCAACGCCUCAGCAGCAGCAACAACGUCCUAUCAGGCCACCAGCUUUAGCAGUUGCUGAAGCUAUAGAAGAAUUUCCUAAUUCAGGAUUUAAUAAAGCUUCUAAUGAAAAGCAAAAUUGUUCACCGACUCAUAAUAACCAAAAAUCUGUUGAUGAGGUCUCUAAUUUGGAUGAUAUAUAUGAAGAAAUUACCGUGAGCACAGAGUAUUCUGCUGCAAUGCCACAUUUUACUCCACCAGUGUGCCCCGAAAGCUUAAAAGACGGAAAUUGUUUCCCAUUGCUAUCAGCUGCAAGCGUUAAAAGCAGUAUUGAAACAACUUUCAACAAAACGCAAAGAGCACUUCCGCCUUUGCCUAGUCGAAAUCCGCCGCCAAUUCCAAGCCGAAAUACUGGUCCACCGCCAUCUGCGCGGCCGAGUGAUAAAUAAACUUGAUGUGAAUCAAAGUAUUAAUUUCCUACUGUAUGUGAAUAAAUACUUAAUGCUUAGUAUCUAACGGCUAUGUGAUUAACAUUGUCUUUAAUCUUAAUGCAAAUCAAAAUCUGGUAGAUGUCUUCUAGUUCAGCCUGGGUGUAAUGAUGAUUUGAAAACAAAACGACACUAUCAAAAAUGAAGAAACAACCUAAAAUGAAGAUUUACUUAUUAAAAACAAAUUUUAAUCAAUGUCAAUGCAAAGCAAACUUUGGUAGAUGUGUCUUAGUUCAAAAACAUAUAGGUAUUACAGUUAGAAAAAAAAGUUGAUUUGAAAAUGAAAGAUCAUUUUUUGUGAUGUUAAUUAAUCUUAACCGAGCACACACAUUCAGAGUACGCAGAUGUACCUAAGCUUUUAAUGCGCGUCUUAUGCCGAUUUCCUUUCAACAAAAUUAAAAUCGAUCUCAAUGCGUUUUACGUGAAAUAAAAAAAAAUUUCAGCUGUUAAAAAUUUAAUGAGCUCUGGGACCCGGUUAAAAUUUAGGUUAAUUUUUUUUUGUAAAUGGUUUUGUUUUUAUUAAAAAGGAGUAUCUUAGCAGAAAAGAGGUAGAGAAAAAUGUAUGUCGUUUUCUUUCACUCUAUUAAGGAGUAGGGGAGAGUGGGGCACUUUUGAACACGGUGCACAUUUGAACACUGCAUAUAAAAUUUAAGUUUAUCACUCUUUUUUAGAAGUUAUUCGAUAUUUGAACCCGUUAACACCAUAUCCAUAAACGUCAAUGACUUUCCUUGGUUAUCUCAGAUGGCUUUCAGAUUUAUAGGUGGAAGGUGUUUUUAUAAUGGUUUUGCAUUAUUUCAGUUUUUUAGUUGUAAGAGUUUAAAAAAAAUUUGGUGCGUGAUUUCAAAACGCAAUAAAAUUUUUGUUAAUGGUUAAUUCAUUUUAAACUAAUUCACGGUGAAUUUUUGAAUGAAUAUAUUAAUGUUAAAUAUUUAUUCAACAAUUCAUGUCGUUGACACUGUUGGGGCAGUUUUGAAAAAGUAUGUUGGGGCACUUUUGAACAUGUUCAAAACCGCAACCAGCAGUUUGUAUCAGAUAUUUUAAGGAAACUUUAAUCUGUUUCAUUUAAAAAAUCGUAAUGUUCUUAUAAAUAGAAUAAUGAAACUAUCAAUUGUGGGCAAAAUUUAGGAAAAAAAUGGAAAUAUGUACAACAUUUUUGAAGAUUGAAAAAAAAAUUAUUGAAUUCUUCAAGUUCUGUGAGUACUAGACUGAUCUCGAUGAGAACUCGAUUAUAUACCGCUUAAGCGGUAUAGAAAUUAAAGUCAAGCUGCUUACACCAAUUAACGCUCCUGGUAUAUGCAGAGCAUCCGCUUUGUUAACAUUUAGGAAACAUUUGCAUUUAAUGUCUGGAAAUAUAGGUUGACCACAAAAUAAAUCUAUUUUACUCUGAGAAGCAUAAAUGGUAUGAAUUCCAUUUUUCUAAGUUAUGUUUUAAAUGAAUUUUUCUUGUUUUUUGUUUUUCUUUUCAACUAAUAAAUGUGAUAACUAUAGUUUAAAUUUAAAGGUUAUUUUUUCAGAGUUUUUAUUAUUUUUUGGUUCCUUGAAUAUGAUCUAAUAAUUAAUUUUGAGUUUGUGUAUGUUCUUAUUGUUCUUAUUAAAAAACUAAUAAAAAGUUAAGUUUUAUUUAUUCAUUACAACGAAACUAAUACUGCUGUUCAAAAUUGCCCCUUCCAUGUUCAAAGCUGCCCCAUACAUGGGGCACUUUUGAACAUAAGAGCCCAUAUUGGUUAAACAUCAAAAUUUAAUAUAAAUAUUUCGUAUUACUAACCAAAUGUUAUUUGAAAUCGAAGUUCAAUGUUAGUAAAAUUUACAGUUUUCAUUCAAGCAGCUGCGAAAGCAAUAAGUGUUCAAAUGUGCCCCACUCUCCCCUACUCUAAAUUUUUACUCCUUUUUCUGGAGUGAUAGAACAUAAUGAGAGCAAUUUUUUUAAAUUGUGUGUGUGACAAGGCAAAAUAGAUAAUUUCUAGGAAAAAAAUAGUGAUAGCAGGCCUAGGGAAAAAUUUUAUGAAUUAAAAAAAAAAAAAAAUAAUAUUAAUAACACAUAUGAAGCAUAAUACUGCCCAUAAUCUCUCCAAGGCUCUAACUACAAAAUUUUCGAUUUUGAUUUGUUAGCAUAUUUGGAGUUAGGGCAUUGUCUCUGAAUUAUUCUCAUUGUUUUUUUUAGCCUAGGUCUUCAAAUAAGUUAGAAAAUUCAAAAUGUACUUUUGGUUUUUUUCAUUUUUAAAUGCAAAUUGCGAUAUUAAAUUAAGUGUUUCGCUCUAUAACUCAGAAGUAAGAAAAGUGUAGUUAGUCUGCUUCUACAUGAAGACGCACGGCGCAGAAAUUAUCUUCGAAUUUCCUUUUGAUUUUCCCUUCGGUGCGUCGCGCGCUUCUACACGUAGUAUUUUUUAUAAGACGCAAAUUUGACAGCUAUUUUUUUUAUUUUAUCUUGUUCUCGUUAUCGUAUAUAUUUUUAUUUGAAAAAAAGCACCAAAAUAUACAAAAAACAACAUCAGGGGACUCUAUGUGCAACGAAAACAUUUAAAUAAAUUUAUAAAAGUUACUAUACACCCAAAUAGUAUACAUCCGACGAAGCGAACUCUGCCACCGACGAAAUCAAUUAAAGCAAAACAGCAAAAAAAAAAAGAACAAGAUCAAAGAGAAACGUCAAAGUGAGUCUCAAAAUUUUCGACCGGAGACUCACAGGGUAAAAAAUCUUCCAUCCCUCUUUUUCGAACUUUCUUUCUCCCUUACUCUUCAUUGAAUCUUGACUUUUACGUCUUCGUGUAGAAGCAGACUUAGUCUGCUUUUACAUGAAGACGCAAGGCGCAGAAAUUAUCUUCGAAUUUCCUUUUGAUUUUCCCUUCGGUAAGUCGCGCGCUUCUACACGUAGUAAUUUUUAUAAGACGCAAAUUUGACAGCUAUUUUUUUUAUUUUAUAUUGUUCUUGUUUUCGUAUCUAUUUUUAUUUUAAAAAAAGCACCAAAAUAUACAAAAAAUAACAUCAGGGGGCUCUAUGUGCAACAAAAACAUUUAAAUAAAUUAAUAAAAGUUAGUAUACACCCAAAUAAUAUACAUCCGACGAAGUGAACUCUGCCACCGACGAAAUCAAUUAAAGCAAAACAGCAAAAAAAAGAACAAGAUCAAAGAGAGACGUCAAAAUGAGUCUCAAAAUUUUCGGCCGGCGACUCACAGGGUAAAAAAUCUUCCAUCCCUCUUUUUCGAACUUUCUUUCUCCCUUACUCUUCAUUGAAUCUUGACUUUUGCGUCUUCAUGUAAAAGCAGACUUAGGGCCUUUACGAGAUUAUGGUCAGAUUAAGCGUUCGUUGAUAAGUCUGCUUUUACAUGAAGACGCAAAAGUCAAGAUUCAAUGAAGAGUAAGGGAGAAAGAAAGUUCGAAAAAGAGGGAUGGAAGAUUUUUUACCCUGUGAGUCGCCGGCCGAAAAUUUUGAGACUCAUUUUGACGUCUCUCUUUGAUCUUGUUCUUUUUUUUGCUGUUUUGCUUUAAUUGAUUUCGUCGGUGGCAGAGUUCACUUCGUCGGAUGUAUAUUAUUUGGGUGUAUACUAACUUUUAUUAAUUUAUUUAAAUGUUUUUGUUGCACAUAGAGCCCCCUGAUGUUAUUUUUUGUAUAUUUUUGUGCUUUUUUUAAAAUAAAAAUAGAUACGAAAACAAGAACAAUAUAAAAUAAAAAAAAUAGCUGUCAAAUUUGCGUCUUAUAAAAAUUACUACGUGUAGAAGCGCGCGACUUACCGAAGGGAAAAUCAAAAGGAAAUUCGAAGAUAAUUUCUGCGCCUUGCGUCUUCAUGUAAAAGCAGACUAAGUCUGCUUCUACACAAAGACGCAAGGCGCAGAAAUUAUCUUCGAAUUCCCUUUUGAUUUUCAUUUCGGUGCGUCGCGCGCUUCUACACGUAGUAUUUUUUUGAAGACGCAAAUUUGACAGCUAUUUUCUUUGGUUUUAUUUUGUUCUUAUUUUCGUAUGACGACUUCUACAGGAAGACGUAGACGCACACAGAACAAGAAUGUGGAGUAAAUCCGGGGUACUCCAUAGUACUAAAAUUACUCCGGAGUAAUAUUUUUUUUUACACUUUUGUGGCGUCAAAGACCACAAAACCUUCAAAAGAGCAAAAAUAAGUACUAAAAGGGUACUCUCAUUGGAGUUAAAGAAAACGACAUUAAACAACGACAUCACCUCAAUAAUGUCAAAAAUUUAACAGAGGUUAAAUAUUUAACCUAAUUCUAGUACGUAGAUCUGGAAAAAUCUAGGACGCUGCUCAUGCAAAACGAAAAAUACCAUAAAAAAUGUCAAAACGAAAUCAUAAAUGAAAAACUGUGUUCGAAUAUUCGUUAUGCGGCGAUCAGAAAUUGAAAAUUUUACCAGUUUAAUUGUAGAAGCCGUCAUCUCUUUUGCAUACAAAUAAUUGCCGGGACACUAAUGGUGAGCAUUUCUGAGAUGUCUUUUAUUUUUUUUGGUUUUGAAAUUUGUGAUAUUUUAAAAUAAAAUGUUUUCCUUGAGAUUUCGCAGACAUUUUUUGCCAAGCGUCGCGUCGUGGCUCGUGGAGACCUAAGAAUAAGAAGAACUUCUUAUUCUUAGGUGGAGACCGACGGAAAUUUUGUUUUGCUUAAGCAGCGUACCUACUAUAGCCCUGUUCCUUUUGGAGGUGGCAAAGUCCUACUAGUAGUUUACUAGCGAUUUUCAAUGGAACGCACUUUCAACAAUUUCAAUACAAAUCGUAUCUACUCGGGAAGAAGAGCAGAGCAAAGAGAAAGGAAUACCUAGAGACGCGACUUCGGUUGGUUUUUCUUUUCCACCCUACAAGCUGCAAUGGAAAAAAACUCCACAGUGCUUAUAUGUGGUAGUUUUCCCGUGCAUUUUAAAUGGUACCAACACAUUCAACUGUGGAUUUUUGUCCAAACGAAUUUAAGUGCUCAAUUAGACUAAUAAAUCCAUAAAAUGUAUACAUUAAAUACAAAAGACGAA